AUGAUGAAAACAAUACACAUUUCGGUUUUCAUUGUUAUUUAUUUGAUUAGAAUUGCUUUUAAUCAGUUAAUUAUUCAACCGAACGAACCAAUUAUUUUACGUGAUCAAUAUAAACCAUUUAUCGCUUUGUGCAGUGGACAGGAGAAUAUUCGAGUUGUUUCUUGGGAAUCUCCAUCGUUAAUUCAUAUUAAAGAGAACGGUAGUGCAAGACUAACAGUUGAACGGAAAAGUUAUGGAUUACGUUUGCGUAUACGAAAUUUAACGCAGAGUGAACAAGGCAUUUGGAAAUGUUUAGGUUCUGAUCAAAACGGAAAAUCAAUUUCGAAUACUUUACAGAUUAAUGUUAAAGUACCAAUUACAUUUGUUAGUGAACCAAUUCAAUAUGCUGAAUUAAAUUCAAAUGUGUUAAUUCGAUGUCGAGUUAUUGCAAAUCCACAAGCAGAAAUCUCUUGGUUCAAAGGACGAGAAAAAGUCAAUCUUCUUUCGUCAAACUAUGAACAACAGACUGAUGGAUUGAAAAUUCAUCGAGUAUCAUCAGUUGACAAUGACACAUUUUGGUGUCAAGCAGAUGUGACUGAAACAGGUGAAUCAAAAGAAUAUUCAAUUCAAGUGAUUCUCGCAAAAACGAUCUCCUCGACAAGAAUUACGUGUGUCUCACCUUGUGCUGUGGAGAAACGAACAGCUACAUUGAUUUGUGAAGCAAAUGGAAUGCCACCACCAAGAUAUACGUGGUAUUAUGGAGAGUUUAACACAUUUCAUUCGAAUGGAAUAUCAAAAUUCGUUGUUCGUGAAAAUCGACUAAUUAUUAAUUAUGUUGAUGAAACCGAUAAUGGUCGAUAUUCAUGUCAUGCAUUUAAUGAUUAUGAUAAACAAGGACAGAGAAUCGAUUAUAAUCUCAAUGUUAUUAUUCCACUUCAAUUAUCGCAAAUUCUUCCCAUCGAAAUUAGUAUUGAUGAUCAAUUUCCAACACAACGUGUUGCAUUUUCUUGUCGAGUUCUACGUGGUUCAUCUACAAAUCUUUCUCUAGAAUGGUUUUAUCCAAACAAUACUCUUGUUCAAUCGACUGAUGGUAUAUCAAUCGAUAUUUCUCAGAUGAUGACACAUCAUCUAAUUGAACUAAUUUUCAAUUCAGUACGUCGUGAACAUCAUGGAAAUUAUACUUGUGUUGGGAAGAACUUGGGUGAUCGAACGUCAACUAUCGCGCAAUUUCUUGUCAAAUAUAAACCAGUUUUCAUAAGUCCAGAUAUUACUCAUGUGUACAGUGCACCAGGCCAUCAAGUUACAAUGAAAUGUCGGUUCGAUAGUUAUCCUCCACCGAUUAUGCGAUGGAUAAAACUGAGUGCAAAUCAUGAAGAAAAUCAAACGUUGUUAGAAGAGAUCAACCUACAAAUGAUCGAGAUUACUACAAAACAAAUUGAUUCAACUAUUCAUCAAACAGAAUUGACGUACGAACCAACUGAAGAAGAUUUUGGUCUCAAAUUCCAAUGCCAAGCCGAUAAUUCUCGAAUGGAAAAACAUACAUUCACACUUCAACGUGCUGAACUUCCCCAUCCAGCUCGUAUUAUCGAAGUUGAACCACAUUCAACUACCAUCAACUUAACUGUUCAACCGCCUCUCAAAUCCGGUGGUCUUCCUUUACUUCAAUAUAUCGUUAAAUACGAACAAAUAGACAAUCCUGAUUCUCGUCAGAUGAUUUCUUUUCCAGUUUUAUCCAACGACACUCAAAUGAUUGAAUUAAAAUCUUUACAAGUUGCACAUUUUUAUCGAAUUCAAAUCGCAGUCAAAUCACAUGCCGGACAAAGUACAUUUUCAGUACCUGUUCAAGCGAAAACAUUGCGUGGUGAUGUUCCACAAUUCCAUUUAACGAAUAUUUCAUGUCUGAACAAUCAAUCAUAUCUAAUCCAAUGGAUAAUCGACAAUGAUGGUGGAUCAGCCAUUUCACAAAUUGAAAUCACUUAUGCCAAAGUUCACAAAAAUAAUAAAACAGAAAAAUGGAGUAAACCCAUUCUUCUUCAACCAUUGAUCAAUGAGUAUGAAUUGAAAGAUCUUCGACCCAAGAGAAUUUAUAUGAUUUCUGUUCGUUUAUUAAAUACAGCUGGAUUUAGUGAAAGACAAACUCAAAAAACUAUUGCUUGUCAAAUGUAUAUUCCUCAAUCAGCAAGAGUGCCAGUUAUUAUGGGAAUAAUAGCUCUAAUUCUAUUUGGUACAAGCCUUGUUUUUCUUCUCUUAGUUUUAAUUCGAGUUUUAUGGGAUUGUAAAAGGCAUUAG